AUGCUCUUUUUGCUUCUCUUUUUCGUAAAAUCUCGCGCAGUUGACACAUUAGCAGACAGUGGAGGAUGGGAAACUGAGCUGAAAGAUAUUGUUGGCCGUUAUGGCCCGUGUAAUAUUGAAAGGCACGAUGCUAACGACUUGACUCAGAAGGAGUUCCUGAUGAGAUUUGCACAUAGUGAGCCAGUGAUAAUUUACAAUGUCGAAAACGAAGAGUUCCGUAGACUAACAAUGCGCGAAAAGAUGCUGGAGGACUGGAAAUAUUUUCCUGUUACGCUGAAUUCUGCAAACACCUAUAGCUAUACUCGUAAGCUGUGGGCUCCUUUAUUGGCAGCUUAUAAACUUCCAAAGUGGUCACUUCCUGACCAUUCCCCUGCUUUGAGUUUUGGGUUAGCAGGAGCAGGAACUGGGGUACCGUUCCAUUUCCAUGGUCCUGGAUUCGCUGAGGUAGUACAUGGAUCGAAAAGGUGGUUUCUCUAUCCCUAUGAGCACCGGCCAGAUUUCGAGCCCGAUGAGUCCACAUUAGAAUGGUACCUUAGCAAAUACCCUUUACUACCGAAGGAAAAACUUCCUCUUGAAUGCCUUCUGAAGCCUGGAGAAAUCAUUUUCUUUCCCGAUAAAUGGUGGCAUGCUACUUUGAACAGUGAAACCAGCGCGAAAUUCAGUGCGAAAGGUGAGCAAAUGGCAAGUGAGCAACUACAAAUGUUUUCGAAGCAGUUGGAAGAAUUUGCUAUAAGGUUGGAGCAGUUUGCUCAUCGUCAUCGUGACGAGAUCCGGAAAAAUUCACAGUUCCGUCGUCAUUUCCAAGAAAUGUGUGCGAGCGUUGGAGUCGAUCCUCUUGCUUCUGGCAGAGGGUUUUGGGCAGAAAAACUUGGUUUUGGAGAUUUUUAUUACGAACUCGCAGUACAAAUCGUGGAGGUUUGUUUAUCGACGAAUCAUUUUAAUGGUGGAAUCAUGACAGUGGAAGAAAUAAGGAGUCGCUUAAUGCGCAGUAGAUCACGAACGCGAAAGGAGACUAUCACUACAGACGAUAUACUUCGAUCAGUCGAUAAACUGAAGGUAUUGGGUAGUGGUUUUGAACUGGUUCCCUUAGGAGGAGGACGGUUCCUUGUGCAGUCGGUCCCUGGUGAGCUUAGCAUGGAUCACUCUCGAGUUCUUCAGUUGGCUGAAGAUGCUGCUUAUAUCACCAAAGAGCUCAUUGUUGAUAGGCUGAGGUGGGAUGGACAACGAGCUCAGUCAGUGUUGGAUCAUCUAGUGAAAGAAGGGUUAGCAUGGAUUGACGAACAGGCAACGGAUACCAUUCAGUACUGGGUGCCCUCCUUAUUUCUUCAGCAGCAUUGUCACUCAUCUAGCAACACAAGUGUUUCGGAAAGUAUACAAAGCAUGAGUGUAUAUUGA